UUCUGCACUUGUCCCGUGGGACAGAACCCUCUGAUCAUGCACUGACGGAGGAGGGAGAGUCGGUUUUCAACCCGGCUCUUUCCCUCCUGGGUGAGGACACCCAGCUCUGUUCCGGGGCCGCGCUCCCGCGGCCUCUCUCCUGCCUUCGUCGCGCCCCGCCGGUCCCCACGCUUCCUUCCGCGCCGGUCCGCGCAGUCAGGCGGCUGUAACCAUGGAGACUCUGUGUAAUGCCAACAGCAGAUUUGCACUUGAUCUACUCAGAAGGUUUAAUGACACCAACCCAACAGGCAACGUUUUCUUCUCUCCCCUCAGUGUCUCUGCUGCUCUGGCCAUGGUCCUUUUAGGGUCCAAAGUUAAUACAGAGGCACAGAUGCUGAAGACACUUCAUUUUGACAAAGUUGAAGAUAUUCACUCAAGAUUUCAGACUCUGACUAUGGAUAUAAACAGAAGCAAUGCUCCCUAUCUCCUACGGCUUGCCAGUCGGCUUUUUGGAGAGAAGUCCUACACCUUUUUGCCGGUUUUCCUGACUAAUAUUCAGAAAUUCUAUGGAGCUGAUUUGGCUACAGUUGAUUUUCUUCAGGCUAGUGAUGAAACCAGGAAAGAAAUUAACCAGUGGGUAGAAGAGAAAACUGAAGGUAAAAUUCUUCAUCUGCUGUCUGAAGGCUCUGUUGACAACACGACCAGGCUCGUACUGGUGAAUGCUAUUUAUUUCAAAGGGAACUGGGCAGAGAAAUUUAAAGAAGCUGACACCACUGACAUGCCGUUUCGGUUAAAUAAGAAUGAAAGAAAGACAGUGAAAAUGAUGUAUCAGAAAAAUAAAUUUCAUUUUGGGUACAUCCCUGAAGAGAAGAUCCGUGUUUUAGAGCUGCUUUAUGAUGGAGAAGAACUCAGUAUGAUCAUCCUGUUACCUGAUGACAUUGAAGAUAACUCCACUGGUCUGCAGAAGCUGGAAAAGCAGCUUACCUUAGAGAAGCUUCAGGAAUGGACAUGUCCAGAGCAUCUGUAUUCCACUGAUGUUCGUGUGCAUUUGCCAAAGUUUAGGCUAGAAGAAAGCUAUGACCUUAAAUUAGAUUUAGCUGCUAUGGGCUUGGUGGAUGUAUUUGACAGUGGUAAGGCUGACUUGUCGGGAAUGUCAGGGGUACGUGACCUCUUUCUCUCUAAAAUAGUCCACAAAGCUUUUGUGGAAGUGAAUGAGGAAGGCACGGAAGCUGCAGCUGCUACUGCUGGCAUUGCUAUGCUCUGCAUGCCUAUUGAAGAAGAUUUCAAUGCGGACCAUCCUUUCCUUUUCUUUAUUCGCCACAACCCCACACAAAGCAUACUUUUCUUCGGCAGAUACACUUCUCCAUAAAAGAGAACUUGGCAUUUGCAGAUCAGUUCCUGCUGUAGUCAGUGAAAGCUUAGCUCCCAAAUGAGUUGGCUUUUGAUGUAGAAAGUUAAUGCUCCUGUCUUGAGUUCCUAGUAACUUCGACUGAGAUUCUGCCUUUCCCAUAAAAACAGUCCCAAAGGAACUGAGGAGUUGUUUAUUUUUCUUAAAGACAUCAUCUUUAAUAAUGAGGAAAAUCUUAACUGUAGGCAGAAGAAAUCUUUUGAAAUUGGACUAGAAAUACUCUUGGAAGAAACUUGUGUCUUUUAAAGCACAGGAUUACCCUCUAUGCAUCCUUCCAUGGGUUUAUCUGUGUUGACAGCCCCCUAUUGUAAUAACAAUAAUUCAGUCAUUCCUUAUGCACGUAUAUUAGGAUGUUUGUGCAAAGCUACUCCUCCCCUAAAGUCUUGCUUUUCAAAAGCACUUUAAUAAAAUACUUCUAGGCACCAGAAGGCAUGUUCCUGAACAGCUGAGUUUACCCAGUUCUGUCAUGAAAUAGGUCAGAUAACAUUUGUUUAGAGACAUCUAUUAAUAGAGAAAGGAUUAAGCUAUUUAAACAAAAGUAACCCUUUCUAGUCAUUACCCAGCAAUACAGCUUUUGAACGAGGAGGAGAAGUUAAUAAUAACUUUAGGUGACAUUUUUAAAGAGGACCUUAAAAAUUUAUAGUCUGGUGCCAUUUUAGUUAUUGAAAAUGUGAAAAUGUCUCAGGGCUUGGAGGUUUUAGGUGCUUGAAGCUAAUGGGUGUCUUUCUUUUGUGCAAGUUCAAAAGCUUUCAAUAUGACAUUUAUUUCUGGCCAGAACCUAUGUGAUCCUCAAAAAAUACUUCAGCUUCCCAGGGGAUGAAUGUCUAUAAUCUGCAGUAAAGGUCUAAUGUGUCUCUGUAUGUACAAGGAUUCAACAUUUAGUUCGCUGACUUCCACUACCUCUCUACAUACAAACCUUCUGUACUGUUCAACAGCCUUGUCCCAUGUUUAUUUCUGGAGGGUAUUUGCUUAUAUAAUGUAUAUCUUGGGUACUGUAAUGUUUACUUGUAAGUCAUAGGUCUCAGUGGGGCACAAUAAUUUCUGUAAUUGCAAACUGUAUAUUAAUUUUGUCUUUAAGGAACAAAUAAAAGUCUUCUUCUUA